AUACACACAGAGUACAGUGAGAGAAACAGCUGUUGGCUAGACUUUGAUAUGGAUAGACUGAGAACUAUCGAUCUGAUGUGGAAUAUAGCAGUGUAACACAGGACAGAACUAGAGCGAACACACUUCAGUGAACAGGACAGGCUGCUGUGGGUACAGCAACAUACAACUUAUCAAACUCUCCAUCAACUGCAUUAGUAUCCCUACUAGAGAGAUUAUAUUAGUUGUGCCUAAAUACUGGAGACUUUUACUGGCUUAUUGGGAUACUUAUGACUGAUGAUGAACAGUUUUGUAUGACAACAGUUUUGUAUAACGUCAUGUGCUGUAAUUUCCAUAACCUGAGUUGGUUGGAUUAAUUAUUUGUUCUUAUACCUACAUGGUUUUUAGUGUUGAUACAUAGCAGGUGUGGUGAACCCCAGUCAGGCAGUCUGGGACCUGUAGUUUGUGGUAAAGGAAGUAUGCAGCCAGUGUUUUUGGCAUUGUCAGGCACAGUUUGUGUGUACAUAGACAGUGAUGAUAAACCAACAUCCACAAAAAUGUGCAAAACAAGAGAUCACCAAUGUGAAUCUAUCAACAGAUAUAGAUGAAUCUACUCGCAGCAUUUUAAAUGGGGGCCUGCUACUCCAAGUCAGGUCAUGAUGCAUUGGAAACGCCCAACCAGAAACAUCCACACUCUCGGCGUCACAAGAAUGGUGUGGCGGUCAAGAUAGAGUAUUCCUCACCUACUGUUCAGACAGAGGACACCCUUCCAGACAGUCACAGGUCCAAUGGUGGUGUCGCUCAGCACACAGGCGAGGAAAAGGAGGAGGAAAUAGAGGAGAAAUCAGCUUUGGUGAAUUCUGGUGUAGGUGUGGCCCCAUCAGACAGUGGUAUAGAGAGCCUGUCCCCUAGUGAAGGGGAGGAACGUGUAGGGAGCCACACUACCAGUAGUGACAGUAAACACUGUGGUACAGACUUCAGUGAGGGGGUGAGCCUCAUCCACUGUGCCUGUGACCCCCCACAGGCCUGGCACAGCGUCCACACCAGGCAUGGUGAGUGUAGAACUCAGUUGUCUAGUCCGUCCAAAUUGGCCAAUAGAAAAUCUGAUAUUGUAAUUCUAAAACCAAGUUUAAAGAGAACAGGUGCAAAAUCUGAUAAAAAGUAUAGGUUAUCAUGGAAGUCAACAGACAGUUUAGACUGGACAGCAACUUUAUUGACAAGCCUCGACCGCUGUCAGAGCGAGGCCUCGGAGUUUGGUGGGGACGAUCUGAGUAUCCGGGCUCCCUUAGCAGAGUUUGAUUCCAUUGAUUUCUUGGGGAGUACUGAAUUUCUAUCCAAAAAAAAGAGAGCAAGCAGUUUUGUUGAUUAUAAUUCCGAAACAUUUCAAUUUCAAUUUGAUUUUUCUGGAUUAGAAUCCGACAGGAAGUACAAAUCUUGUGACUCCGCACCAGUGACUCCCCAAAGUGAGGAACCUCCAUCAGUCAUUGGUGCGGAACAUGUCACUGUGGAUAUACCACAUUCCAAGCGAUCCUCCCGUGACCUCAGGUCCCUGAGAGUGCAUUUUGACUCGGAGCCGUCCCUGACAAUGUACCCCAGCCUGCAGGAUGUGAAGACCAUGCAGAUGGACGGCAAGGAAGUGGUUGUCAUUGAUGCCAACACUUACGGCCAGAUCAUGGAGGAACUAUCCACUCUUAAACUCGCACUGAGUCAACUCACAGAUCUCAUGCAACUGCAGGAGGUUGAACAAGGAGGAAGUAUAUCUGACGACAUGCGUGGCAAACUUGAGUUCUUAAACAGCCCCUCCUGAUGUCCUGUUGACAUGAGAGAGAACACAAGAAGGUACCAGAGAACACUGGAUAAAGUAACAAGACACAAAACAACUGCUACCUACAUGUACAGAUAUCAUUGC